AACAAAAACAAAUAGAAAUUGAACAUUUUGGUUGAAGCUAUUGGCCAACACUAGCAAUAGCAGCACCAGAAAACAACAAAGUCCCUCCUCUGUGAGCCUGUGGGAAUCUCCCUAACGCGUCUCUCUACCGCUGAUCUCAGAAAUCUUAUCCAAGGCUCUCAGCUUUCCUCUGUCUUCUUCCUCCUCUCUCUCUCUCUCUCUCUCUCUCUCUCUCCGUGCAAAUAAACCAUAUCUAAAUCUCAUCAUUCUCUGCUUCCUCCUCCUCCUCUCCCUUUUUAUUUUUAUUUUUUUCUCUCUGUAUUUAUAUAUCUAAUAAGUAAUUAAUAUCCCCCCUCUCUGUUGGGUAUUGGGGUUUUGCUAUCUUCUUAUCUCCUUCAUCUCUGAAACCCUCGGGUAAUCGCUGUGCUUAUUGCAUACCAGUAUCCGAUUCAAUCAAGGGUUUUUCUCUUUUUUUCGCUUGCGGGUUUUUGCUUUUCUGCCCGACGAUGGCGUUGCCGUCGGCUUUUCUGGAGAUUCUGAGACGACCAACGAUUGUGGAGGUGCUGGGGGAGCUGAUGAUGUUCAUAAUCCCUCUGUGGAUUGGUGUGAUUGUUGGGGUUUUUGUUGGGUGGGCGUGGAAGCCCAAAUGGGCGAGCUUGGUUGGCCGAGACCUGUUGGAUUGCCCAAUCUCCAAACAAAAAGAAUCCCCGUCCUCGUCCUCGCAGAGUUCGUCCAAGUGUUUCGGUUCGAUUCCGGGUCUGAGCUCGUUGAAGUUUCAGCUGCCCAGUUGCAUUCCAUGGCCUGCCGACUAUAGGAAUCCGGAAGACGCGCCAUCUUUGCCACCUACCACCAAUCCGGAUUUCAGCACCUCAAAGAUUGAAAGAGAAAGUUCCGGUCAUGUGAACAAGGAGGAUUUACAGCACAUAUGUCAGCUUGUUGAGGAGAAAGAUGGAGGGCCUACAUGGAUCCAUAUGAUGGAUCGGUCUACCGCAGCUAUGCGCUAUCAAGCUUGGCGAAGAGACCCCGAGACUGGACCUCCACAAUACCGCAGUAGUACUAUAUAUGAGGAUUGUACACCUGAGUUACUGAGGGAUUUCUUCUGGGAUGAUGAGUUUCGAGCAAAGUGGGAUGACAUGCUUGUACAUGCUUCUACUUUGGAAGAAUGUCCAACCACCGGAACCAUGUUGGUGCACUGGGUGCGCAAGUUCCCAUUCUUUUGUAGCGACAGAGAGUACCUGAUCGGUCGUCGCAUUUGGGAAUCGGGAAGGACAUACUACUGCGUAACGAAGGGAGUACCCUCCUCUGCUGUGCCAAGGCGUGAAAAACCUAGACGUGUUGACUUGUACUAUUCAAGUUGGUGCAUUCGAGCAGUUGAAUCGAGGAGAGGGGAUGGCCAGCUUACUGCAUGUGAAAUUUUACUCUAUCAUCACGAAGAUAUGGGUAUCCCUUGGGAAAUUGCGAAAUUUGGAGUCCGGCAAGGCAUGUGGGGAACUGUUAAAAAGAUCGAACCUGGCUUGCGUGCAUAUCAGAAAGAGAGAGCCUCUAAAGCCCCACUUUCACGGUGUGCUUACAUGGCUCAGAUCAACACUAAAGUCAGUGCAGACUACUUGAGAUCUGUUGAAAACAGCACCAGCGAUUCCAUGGCGCUUGAAAAAUCAGAUAAGUCGGACUCAUCGGAGAAACCAGAAGGGAAGACGAUACCUAAGAUUCUAAUUAUCGGUGGGGCUAUCGCCCUUGCCUGUAGUCUUGACCGAGGGCUCUUAACAAAGGCAGUUAUAUUCGGAGUAGCCCGAAGAUUUGCAAAAAUCGGUAGGAGGUUCUGAUUCCAGAGGCGUCAGCUAAUGCCAUCGUCAAGCGAAGUGAGGAAUAGCCCAAUGGUGGAUCUCCGCGCUUUGCCCCAUUUCAAGAGAAGUCGAUUUGAGCUCUUAUUCCUUGUUCUCUUUGUUAGAGCAAUGAAUAUAACUUAAUUGUAGAACAUCAGAGAAAAAGAAGCAAUAGAAAUGUUUGGGAAAAGAGGGAGAGUGAUCGUAUAGCCGUAUUCGUUAAAGUUGGAAAUGUGAUUGAAGGAUUUCUUGUGCUGCAAGAAUGACAGUAACCUAGAGGUUCUUUUAAAGUUGCAUUUUCUUUCA